AUGCUUUCCAUUAUAUUUUGUUUUAUUCUCGCACAUUCUGCACUCGAAAACAACAACGUUAGAUGUGAGAUAAAUGCCAGCAAUUUCGAUGCAUCUGAAUUUGCCUCAAGUUGUACAUUUUUGGAUUAUUUUAUUGAUACAGAAGAACCAAUCAAUGUUAACAUCUCAAUUCAAUAUAAAAAGCUGGAAACAAUAAUUUUUACUACAAAUCGCUCCAAUAUAACUAUUAAUAAACUAAAUCUUAGUCAAAUUCAUGUUACAGAGAUAAUAUUCCCACGGGAUGCUAUCGUUAGUAUCAGUAAUGAUGCAAUACAAAGUGAGUGUCUUGAAAAGAUUAACAUUAUGGCAAAAUAUCAUAUUAAUUUGACAAAUAUCUUACAAACAUGUCCUACCAUUAAUAAAAUAGAUUUCAUAGAAUAUGAUGAUUCCAUUUUUCAAAAUGAAGAAUAUACUGAUUACUUCUCUUUGUUAACACAUAUUGGCCUCAUUGAUAUGAAAACUCCCAUCGAUAUGAAUCAUUUUACUAACUAUCAGAAUUUACAAGAAAUACAUUCCAUUAAUACAGAACUUAAUUUUUCGAACUCAUUCACUCUACCCCAACAAUGGCGAGCAAUUAUUAUCAAUAAUCAAUAUACUAUAGAUACAAAUGAAUUAUCUAUGUUCUCCUCUCAUGUUACAAAUUUUAGCAUAAAUAAAGGAUACAUUAAAAUUUAUUUACAAAAUGAAAAGUAUAAAAACACAGCAGUUUACUUUGUUAAUAAUACUGAAGGUAACUUUAAUUCAAUUGAUUUUGUUGAUGGAGAGGAUCAAUAUAAUGUUGCCUAUAUAUAUCAAUUGAAAGAUAACAAAAUUACAUCAUUUCCAAGAAAUUGCAAGUUCAAAGAACUUCAUUUUGAUAUGAAAAAUUUAACAGUUGAUCUGAAUAACAACGAAUCUCCAAUUCACAUCGAAAGUCUAAUUUUUGAAAACUAUGAGAAUCUUCUAAUUAGAAAGAAUUCAUUCCACACAAACGAUUUCAUUGGUGACAUUAUGCUUUAUGGUAAAUUAUCUAUAGAAUCUCAAUCAGAACAACAACAUUUAACAAUUGAAGAAUAUGCAUUUAAUGGAACUACAAUAGAAAGCAUCUCUAUUCUAGACAAUCGCGCUAUCAAAGAUUUUACUUUUUAUAAUUGCAAUAUUACAAAAUACUUAAACUUAUUAUCAGGAUCAUCAAUAAAUCUCAUAAAUCUGGCCAAAUAUAAUCCAAAUAUUAAAAGAGUAAUUGGCCAAAAUGAAUCAACAUAUUAUUAUAAUAGUUUAACAGAUCCAAGUUUUAUGCCACAAGAUACACAAAAUAUUAUUGUUUUCGAUAAUGAUGUAGAUAUUUCUAAUUUACAUAAAAAACAACUGGUUUCUUUACACAUUUAUAGAUGCAAAUCAUAUGGAAAAUUCACUAACGAAUUUAAUAUUAACUCAAUAUACUUUUAUUUUAUGAAUAGUACAAUCAAAGAACAUACUUUUUCUGGAGCUGUCGUUGAAAAUAUUUAUUUCUAUGAAUAUCAAACAGGUCUUGUAUUUGAAGAAAACGCGAUAAACACAAAUUCACUUGAAUCAAUUUAUUUCCAGCAAGAUAAUCCUGCAUUUGUUCAGUUUGAUGAUCGUUCUAUUCAAUGCAAUAACUUACAUACAAUAUAUCUUCCUCUUUCAUGCAAUAUCAACAUUGAUUAUUUAUUGGAUGAGUGUAAAAAUCUUGAUUUUUCACAAUUCAGAGAGUUUAAAUUUGAACACUCAUCAAUUUCUAUAGACAACAGAUUUUUUGGAAAGUUUAAUGAUCCAGUUAAUUUUUACAUUAAUGAUUCAUCUUUGGGUAUACUUUUUGACUCCAUAUCAAAAUUACAAAAAUUGAAUUUUAUUGUUAAUUCAAAUCCAAUUGAGUUAUCAUUCAUUGAAAAUUAUUAUAGAAUAGAAUCACAUUAUAAUGCGCUUCAAAUCAAAUGUAUUAAUCCUGUUUAUUUCAUUGCAACAGACCAUAUAGGCAUGGAUUUUGGAGCUAAAACAUAUGUUAUUUAUAAUGCAACAAGUUUUGAAGACAUUGAUUUAGACAAUCCAUAUGACGUCAAAAAUAUUACUGUUUUUUCAGUUCAAAACACUACAGGAGCUUUUACCAUCAAGGAUUCCUCUAGCAAUUCAGAGGCCAUCGAUCAUUUUAAUAAUAAUAUUGAUACAUCAUCUAUAAAUCUUUUAGAAAAUCAAUUAGAUUUUGAGAGCAAUGACAAUAAUCAAGAGUCGAAUGAUGAUGUUCAACUUUUCAAAUUUGGAACGUUUGAAUUUAAAGAAUCAGUUCCAAAGAUAGGAAUGCAUGUAUUUAAAAACGUCAAAUCAAUCCAAUCAUUAAUAUUUUCAGGAGAAAGCGUCCGUACUAUCGAAUCAAAUGAAUUAAUUAACACAACUAUUGAUAAAAUUCAUAUCCCUUCAUCAAACAAUAUUUUGUUUGAUCAAUUAUUAGAAAACUGUCCAAAUAUUAGUGAAUUUGAGAUUGGAGAAAGUAACACACAAUCAGAAUCUAUCUUAUUUAAUAAUUCAAAAUCAAGUAUUGGACCAAAGUUUUUAGAUAAAUUUUCAAAACUCAAGAAUGUUUCUCUAAUUAAUUCAUCUUUAAUAAUUUCUAGUCCAUCGAAACCUCAAUUCAAUUUAACGAUAGGAGAAUCGGAUUUCAUACCUCUGGAUGAGAUAUAUAAAGAUAUUCAAAACAUCCAAAUUCUGCAAAUUAAACACAAUGAGCAGACAAAUAAAUAUAACAUCUUUGCAAAUACAAGUGAAGGAGAGCAAUAUGCUAUUAUACCCAAUCUUGACGAUCUAAAUGACUUAGUUUCAAUAUCAUCCACAAAAAUAGAUCAAAUCAUAGUUUAUAAUCUAACUAAAAAGGUAAUAGAAAAUAUUCCUCCAAUCAAUAAUGUUGACAGCAUUUAUUUCAAAGCCGAUAUCGAGAGUGUAUGUUUUAAUUAUACAAAUCCUUCAUCAAUUAAAUCAUUCAUUUUCGAGAAUGAAAAUCAAAUCACAGUUAAAUCAUUAGGAGAUCAAACUGAUGUUUAUAAUGAUAUAUUAGUUAAUUAUAAAUUCAAUGGAGGAAAUGUUACAAUUGAAAACAAUGCAUUCGUUAAUCAAAAGAUAGGUUUAUUUGAGUUACCAGCAGACUCGCAAUCAAUUGUUAAUGAUGACUCAUUCAUUAACUGUAAUAUUAGCAAUUUUGUUGUUCAAGAUAACACAGAAAUUAAUUUCAGAAAUAUACUCAGCACAUCAAAUAACAACGAUAUUAAUUUCACCGGAAUUAAUAAAGGAUAUUAUUUGUAUGAUGGAAACACAAUCCAAGGAGACAAAGUUCUUGUUUUUAGACCAAGACUUAACUUGAAAGAUAUCAAUUUAGGCACAUCACAUAUUGAAGAAGUGAUAUUUGAAAUGUGCGAUUGCAGCAUUAUUGAAAGUUCCACAUUUUCUAAUACUGAUAUCAAAACUAUCAUUUUCAAUACAGAUGUUGAAGAAAUCAAUGAAAAUGCAUUCAGUGAAAUUACUAAUCUUGUUAGUAUCAUAUUCAACAAAGAAAGUGAUAGAUUAGUUAUCAAAUCAAAAGCUUUUUCAAAUAAUAAUGUUCGAGAAAUCACAUUUAAAUCAAGGAACAUUACAUUCCUCAGUGAAUCUUUUUACAGACUUGGAAAUCUUACAACAAUUAGGAUUAAUAGCACUCAAAGAAUUGAUAAUACCAAUCCUAUAGUUACAUUCAAUAAUGACAUAUAUAAUGAUUGUAUCAAAUUAAGAACAAUUAAAAUUACCAAUCAAAAAACAAUUGUUCAUAUUAAAAGUGAAGCAUUUCAAAAUAUGAAUUUUGAUUCAUUUGAGUUACCAGCAGACUCGCAAUCAAUUGUUAAUGAUGACUCAUUCAUUAACUGUAAUAUUAGCAAUUUUGUUGUUCAAGAUAACACAGAAAUUAAUUUCAGAAAUAUACUCAGCACAUCAAAUAACAACGAUAUUAAUUUCACCGGAAUUAAUAAAGGAUAUUAUUUGUAUGAUGGAAACACAAUCCAAGGAGACAAAGUUCUUGUUUUUAGACCAAGACUUAACUUGAAAGAUAUCAAUUUAGGCACAUCACAUAUUGAAGAAGUGAUAUUUGAAAUGUGCGAUUGCAGCAUUAUUGAAAGUUCCACAUUUUCUAAUACUGAUAUCAAAACUAUCAUUUUCAAUACAGAUGUCAACGAAAUUCAAGAGAAUGCAUUCAGCGGAAAUCAAAAUAUCGAGAGCAUCAUCUUCAACAAAGAAACUAAUAACACAACCAUCAAUAUGAAUGCAUUUUAA